AUGUUGACUUCACUGGUCUCAGUGUUUGCUCAGUGGUUCCGUCAGCACACUCUGGUUCUGGUGUGUUCAGGUCCGGUCUGGCUGGAUAACGUCUGGUGUUCGGGCAGCGAGAGCUCUCUGUCGGAGUGCCGGUCGAACGGCUGGGGUGUGAGCGACUGCACUCACGCUGAAGAUCUGGGAGUCGUCUGCAGUCCGGAUCCACCCAACCAGGGUCACGUCCCCCGGUACCAAGAGCCUCCUUCACCUCAGAUCUCUAACCUGGUCUCGAAUGCUCCUCAGCGCGGGCACGAGAUCGGCCUCCACCGCGGCGGCCGCGGCCCGUCCUCGCCGCAGCUCACCGGCCAUCACAUCCAGCUGCGCAGGAACGGGUUCGAGAGCGCCGUCACCCCGCGGGGACACCAGAUCCCGGACUUCCUGCGCAGCAGAGCCUCCUACAGACGAGCACAGGAAGUGACGCCCGCUCAGACCACACGAAACCCUGAGAGACCAGUGCCAGCGCCGGAGCCGGUUUACAGUCCCGAGCCGGUGCAGCACAGUAACAGGAUGGAUCUGGACGAGCAGUCGUCUGGGUCGCUCCGGCUGGACGAGGUGCGUCUCCGAGCCGUUCUGAGCGCCGCUCGGAGCGCUGCCAUGGUGACGGAGGGUGUGCUGGAGGUGAGGCAUGCUGGGAAAUGGAGGCAGGUGUGUAGUGUGGGCUGGGAUCUCAGCAGCAGUCGUGUGGUGUGUGGCAUGCUGGGAUUCCCGUCAGCGGAGCAGCUCGACACACGCGUGUACCGGAAACUGUGGGACUCAAAGAUGGAGGAUCCAGCCACAAGGUCUGCGGUCAGUAAGAAGGCGUUCUGGGUCGAGCGGGUUCAGUGUUCGGGUACAGAGGUGUCUCUGACGCAGUGUCGGGCGCAGCUCUCCGUCCCACGGCACGACGUCCCCUGCGCCGGAGCGAUGCACGCGGUGGUGCGCUGUGUCCCCGGCGCUCAGUUCUCCAGAAGCUCCGCCUCCAGACACCCGCAGGCCCCGCCCCCUCUGAACGCGGAGGUGCGUCUGAAGGCCGGUGCGCGGCUGGGCGAGGGCCGGGUGGAGGUGCUCCGCGAGGGUAAGUGGGGGGCCGUGUGUGACCAUCUGUGGGAUCUAACAGCGGCCAGUGUGGUGUGCAGAGAGCUGGGCUUCGGCUCGGCCAGAGAGGCCCCGCGAGGAGCGCUCAUGGGUCAAGGUACAGGUCCGAUCCACAUGAACGCGGUGCAGUGUUCGGGCCGGGAGAGCUCCAUCACACAGUGCCGCUUCCAGGAGGUUCAGCGUUACUCAUGCAAACACUCCCAGGAUGCAUCUGUCCGCUGCAACGUCCCCAACACCGGCCUGAGCGCGACGGUGCGUCUGGCGGGCGGGCGGGAGACUCUGGGUGGAUUCCUGCGGAUUCAGUCUCGUGUUCGGUCCGUCCCGCAGGAGACCUGGUUCUGGCCCAGCAGCUCCGGGUCCGAGGACAUGCUUCUGAGCGGAACACACUGCAUCGGCACCGAGAUCUCCAUCCAGCAGUGCCACAGGAACACACAGGUGUACUGCCCACGAGGAGGCGGAGCCAGAGCCGCCGGAGUCACCUGUGCGGAAGCGGCUCCGGAUCUGGUGAUAGAUGCGCAGCUGGUGCAGGAGUCAGCGUAUCUGGAGGACCGGCCGCUGCACCUGCUCACCUGCGCUCACGAGGAGAACUGUCUGUCGUCCUCCGCCGCGCGCAUGAGCUGGCCCUACGGUCACCGGCGGCUGCUGCGCUUCUCCUCACGCAUCAUGAACCUCGGACGAGCCGACUUCAGACCACGAGCCUCGCGAGAGUCCUGGACCUGGCACCAGUGCCACCGGCACUACCACAGCAUCGAGGUGUUCACGCACUACGACCUCCUGACCCUGAACGGCACAAAGGUCGCGGAGGGUCACAAGGCCAGCUUCUGUCUGGAGGACACAUACUGCCCUGAAGGCCUGAGCAAACGCUACGCCUGCUAUAACAUGGGUGAUCAGGGCAUCAGCGUGGGCUGCUGGGAUACGUACCGCCACGACAUCGACUGCCAGUGGGUGGACAUCACCGACGUGCGGCCCGGAGACUACAUCUUCCAGGUGGAGGUUAAUCCGUCGCUGGAUAUGGCCGAGUCUGAUUUCCAGAAUAACGUGAUGCGCUGCCGCUGCCGCUACGACGGAGCACGCGUCUAUCUGUACGGCUGCCACGCCGGUGACGCUUACAGCGCAGAGGCAGAGGACCUGUUUGAACACCAGCGUCAGAUCUCAAACAACUUCCUGUGAUGAAGCGACGCUGGUUUCUCUGAUCGCCGCAGCGCAACUCUCGCUGGGCGGAGUCUGCGUGAUUGACGGGUAGGGGGUGGGGUUAGUGUGAUGAUUGACAGGUGGGUGUUUACAGUACAGUUCGGCCAGUAUUCGUGAAGCAGAAG